AUGUCUUCAACCCUACAGCAGUGCAUCUCGCCGUCGGUCGGCGCGCUGACGCGGACGGAGGAGGCGCUGAAGGCGUCGCUGUCGUCCCCGGCCUUUCUCGACGUGAAGUUCUUCGCGUUCUCGCGCAAGUACGUGACCGCAGACGGGACGGUGCGCGUGGACAAGCCGCAGCCCAUCCUCGCCAUUAGCUCCGUGCUCAAGAAGAUCGAGGACCUGGAUAAACUGCUGUCGAGCGGAUUCUCGGAAUCUAACUCCAGGGUGGACCUGAAUUCGGGAUACCCGGGGAACGAGACGCCGUAUUGCGACGAGUAUGACUAUGACUCUGAUAGCGAUCUGGACUACGAAGAGGACGUGAUCGACAUAGUCGAAGAGAGUCCUGCAGAUAUUCAUGAAGCACAGGGUCAACCAGCGCAGCCCUCCGCUCAGGGGAAUUGUCGCCAGAUCAUCAUCAAGGACGCAGCAUUCCAUACGUGGCGCGCGUUCAUCUUCUACCUGUACACAGGCAAGAUUAAAUUCAUGCAGCUAAAGUCGAGGGACGAGGAGGCCCGUAAUGUGGAGCUGGCGCUCUACUUGUCAGACCCGAAUUCCGUGCCGCCUUGUUCGCCCAAAUCUAUGUACCGCCUCGCGGACAAGUAUGGCCUGGCAGAGCUCCAGACGCGCGCCUUCGCCGCCAUUAAAGAGCGCCUCUCCACUGCCAACAUAGUCAAGGAAGUGUUUUCCAAAUUCACGUCCAGAUAUGACAAGAUACAAGAGCUCGAGAUCGAUUUCCUCUGCACCCACUACACCAACCCGGAAGUCGCAAAUACCCUGAAGCAGAUCGCCGACGGGGUCGUGCAGGGCGAGUUCCCGCACGCGGGCGAGGUGCUCCGGACGCUUUUCGAGCUUAAUCUCGACCCCUCCUCCCCCAGCGCGCGCAGGCGGUCGCACCACCUGAACGCCGUCGGCGCUGGCCGUAGCUCUGCGCGCGGGCAGGUCAUCAACUUUGGAGUCAGCCGCGGGAGAGGAGCUAGACCCGCUGCGCGGGGCUUUGUGCCGCCCACUCUUCCAGUGUAUGCGCAGCCAGGCGGUUCGCGCCAUGACUCGUGGGGCGGUGUCACUGCCCUCUUCUCUCCUCCCGCCCGUGAGGACGACAUUUUGGGAGAGAACAGUGAUGACUGGUAG